ACGAAACCGUUUGUUAUUAUUAUCAACUCCCAUGUACCGGAUAGCAAAGAUAAAAUGAAAUUCAAGAACUCCCCGAAAGAUUGAACGAACCAUAUUCGAGAAUUCGCCUUGGUAUUCGACGAUUUCAGCCAAUAGUAAUACGUUUUAGAUUUCGUUGCUAAAUUGGACUAGAAUCUUUCGUACGAAACUUUCCCAAACCAUUGCGAUAUCCGCUACUCGAACCCGUUACUGGAACGUUGUCGAGCGGGUAGCGAAAAUGUAUAAAUUAAUGUAAUUAACGCUGAACCACUAAGAAAUUCCUUAUAUAUAAAGCGGUGCACCGAGACAACGUUUAAACACCUCAGGGAGCAUGGUAAAACCUGAAAGAUUAGGCUCGUUAAAUUUUUUUCAAGGUAUAACGCAAGUUAGAUCGCCUUUUAGAAGGGGAGGACGAAAUUAAACGGUACGGUCCUGGAUGGAUACAUUUCUAAGUAGAUGGUAGUGGGGAUCGUAGUUCAUUUAACUUCGAGGAGAGAGAGAGAGAGAGAGAGAGAGAGAGAGAGAGAGAGAGAGAGAGAGAGAGAGAGAGAGCAUGCGUACUGUCGUAUCGAAGAAAAAUAAAAAGAUAUUCAUACCUAAGGACAAACUAGAACGCAGUCGUCGAAACGUCGCGUUACACGACCGUGUUAUAUAGCGAUGGCAUUUAGCAAAGGUACGAUCCAACGUAGUACAUAGAUUGAAAAGAAAACGAAGAUCAUAACGAAAUGUUCGUUUCUAUCGUAUUGAAACGCGAUUGGAUCUUUUCGCAGACUUGGAUUACGCGAUCGGCUGGAACCGAUUUAAUUUACAAUUUCUUGGUGUUUGGCCAGAUUCCGAUCGACUCGAUAAAAAUAUUGGCUUUACGAAAUAUCGCUGGAUCCUUCACGCACUUUUCAUGCUAGGAUUUAUAAUAUUACCGCAAACGGCGUACCUGCUGAUAAUCUGGGGCGAUCUAGACCUGAUGACGGAAGAUUUAGCAACGGCGAACGUCCCGGUCACGAUGGCUUGCAUCAAACUUUUCGUUAUUCGGUAUCACCUGAAAACAUUGAAUCCCCUUCUCGGUGCUUUCGUCGAUGAUUGGAACAGAACGAAGAACGAACGGGAGAGAUCGAUUAUGCUGAGCAACGCUAGAAAAGCAAGAACGAUAUCGAUGUUGUGUACAGUUAUGAUACAGAUUAUGACGACGACAUACAUACUUCUUCGAAUCGCUAUGAUCGCGCAAAUGCAGAAGGAUCAGAUGAAAUCGGAUCGAACUUUAAUCUGUCCCGCUUAUUUUCCGUACGACUUAAGGAAGACUCCGGUGUUCUAUUUAACAUGUACCGGACAAAUUCUAGCCGCUUACAGCGCGACCGUCUCUUAUACAGGCGUUGACAGCUUCAUAUCCAUGUUGGUACUUCAUGUUUGUGCACAAAUUUCGAAUCUCAGGUCGGCUCUCAAAACAUUGGCGGACGAAAGAAGCACGGAAGAGAGGAAGACAGAUAACUUUGUAGAAAAAUUAGCGUUCAUCGUCAAGAGACACGAACAUCUCAAUCGGUUGGUCGAUCGAAUAAACUUAUUAAUUUAUUUCAUUAAGCGUGUGCUAAAUGAUAUAAUGAAUCUGACAUCCGUCGUAUCUCGAAGGUUCGCUCGGUCCAUCGAAGAUUCUUUCAACGUGUUGAUGCUCGUUCAAAUCCUGACUUGCACCAUGCAAGUGUGCUUUCAAAGUUAUCAAGUUCUCGCAGUGAGUCGUCUGAAAGAAAUUUUGUUGUUCCUCGGUAUUAUUAUAUUAGGAGAAAACGAAGACGAGUUUCCUACCGUUCAAUUGUGUUUCCUGGUACUAUUCGUGGUCGUUACUCUGGUACACUUAUACAUUUACUGUUACGUGGGUGAAAUGCUAAUUGUUCAGAGCUCCGGUAUGAGCGAAUCGGCGUACGAAUCUAAAUGGUGCAACUUGUCUCCGAAGGACGCGAGGAAUCUCCUAUUCGUGAUGCGCCGAUCAACGAUACCGCUUCGUUUGACCGCAGGAAAAUUUAGCACGUUCUCGAUGAAAACGUUUAGCGACAUCGUCAGAACCUCAAUGGGAUAUCUUUCGGUAUUGCUGACAGUAUCGGAACAGAAAGAUUAAUUCUACAAGUGUAAAGUAUAAUUAAAAAGGAAAUAGUGAAAACUUUACGGGUCGACGAAAAUAAUAAUUCCUUCGGAUAUAUCGGAAGUUGUGUUAAUGAAAAUGUUCUCGUUAAAAUAAUCGCGUAAUAAAAAAGAUACCUGAACUUCCUCCUGUUACCGCUUGUUUACGUCCG